AUGUUUUUGAACACAGCAUCUCCCCGGAGGUCAUUCAACAUCCCCAUUAACAUCAAUCUGCAGGGUGCGCGCAGACGUCAGACACGAGAGCUCCUGAAUGCAGCAGCUGCUCCGGAGCAGGAGUGGAGCAGAGGAGUGGACCUGCACAGAGCCUACCGCAGCCGGACUCCCAUGUCUGUGUCCAGUAUCGGGGAGGAUAGAGCCAUCCUGCUGGGAUUCACUAUGAUGGCUUUUGCUGUGCUCAUGUUCUGUGUGGUCGGAUUCACCAUUGUCAAGCCGUACAUCAACAGUGACUGGGAGAUGCAAGUCAACUGCACCCUGGUUCACACACAGGUGCUGGACGAGUGGGUGAGCUGCAGAGGCGUGAGCACCGUCCCAUGUCUCCGAGCCAUGGUCAACCUUAGCGGGACAGCACCCAUGGGACAAACAGGACAGGGACUGCUACAUUACGACGAGGAGGCUGUGCUUCUCACUCCAGAGUGUUUCUAUGUACCUAAAUGUCAGCUGGAUGCUCCGGCUCUUGUCGCAGAAGUGGAGCAGGUGAAGAGGAGUUUAGACACCUACCUGGGGAGGACUUUUACCUGCCUCACUGACCAAUCACAGCAGCCCAAAGAUGGGAUUCUGGAGCGAAAAUACAGCCUCCAGACUGCCCUGCUGGCUCUGCUCUGGCCCUGCCUGAUGCUGGGGGGCGGGGUCCUGCUGGUGGCUCUGGUCAAACUCACCCAGUACCUGUCCCAUCUGAGCAGCGAGGUAGGGAACAAACAAACUAAACUGUAUACACUACUCAGGAAGUCCAGUCUCCUGUCUCCUGCCUGA